GACUGGUGAUUCUGGAGAGGAGUCUGGUCUUCGCAACCUUCGGAUAACAGAUUAUUAUUGAGGUGUUCCGGCAGAGAUAUCAUCAGGCCAUGAAUCCAUCAAAGGUUUUAGCCAUUUCUCUCGUACUUCUGCUCAUCAGCACAGGAAUUGAGAGUUACAGGAUACAGAAGCGGGAGUCUCCCACAUUCAUCUCCCAGGCACAGGAUCUGUUGACAUCAGCAUGGGAAAGUUUCAGUUCAAAAACGGAAGAACUGGUUCAGAAGGCAAGGGUGCCGAAACUGGAGGAUGCAGCAAAGGAGUAUUACGAAACAAUUACAAAUAGUGUGAAGACCUACACCAACGUUCUGAAUGACCAAUUGUACCACUGGUGGCAUGGAAACUGAGACCCCGCAGAACUGCAGUACUACAUGGAAGUUGUACUCAUCACACAGAAUACAUUUUUGAAUAUUACAACCAGGGCUAUUCACAUGAGGAGCAGCCAGAACCUUGUCUCCUCUACACAAUCCUGGGAGACCAGGUUCUUUCCACAUGACCCCAAACACGCCUCUCCUUAUCUCCCCUUUCCCUUCUGUCACUUUCCGCUCACUGCAGAAGACUGGGGUAGGGACAACAGGACAGGAUUACAACCCAAUUAUUCCAACUCUUUAUGUUUCUAGCAUUUACAUAUUCCUGCAAAAACACCUGCUGGUUUAAUCAUAUAAAAGUUAAAAAAUAAAUAAAAUGAAAUAAUUUUUGCUGUGACAA